CGAACGGCCAGUCCAGUCUACUCCAGUCUGUGGCUGACAGCGGCCAUCGUCACUUCCGUCUCGCUAGCAGAGUUUAAUGGGAUAUUACAUAUAGAAUAAGAGUCAACAAACGUAAGAAAAGUGCGAAUGAUGAACGCAAUCUGACAUGGAUGGAAUGAGCACUGGGGAAGGUGUUAUGCGAUUAAAAACCGAGAUUUAAAUCACAAGUGACGAGGAAGCAAGAUGGCCACUCAGGAUAUCAGCGCAGAAACAGUAACAGAAGAGCGGCAGCCGCUGCGCUAUUCAAAUUUCGAGAGGUCUUCCACAUUCAGGAGGUGGCCGCAGUAUAUUGCAGUUUUUUUCGCCACCCUGGGCGGGGCGACGGCCGGCCUGGUGGGCGGCUGGACGAGCAACGCGGCACCGGCGCUGCGGCUGCGCGGCCUGUCGGAGCCCUCGCUGGCGUGGGUGGGCGCGCUGCCCGCCGCCGGCGCGCUGCUGGGGGCUCUGCCCGCGGGGCUGCUGGCCGCCAGCCUGGGCCGCCGCCGCCUGCUCGCCGCUGCCGCCGUGCCCAGUGCCGCCGCCUGGCUCGCCGUCUACUUCGCCAUCGGCGACAUCGACUCGCUGGAGGGAUCGUUAGCAGACAGCGGUAUGUACUCGACCAAACUGUGGAUUCUGCUGAGCGGGCGAGUCCUGCUAGGUGUCGCUAUGGGCGUCGCCACGGUGGUGGCACCUCUGUACUCUGAGGAAAGCUGUGACGUGGCCAUCCGCGGCCGCCUGGGGGUGGCGCAGAACCUGCAGAUCGACGCGGGCAUCCUGCUGGCCUACACGCUGGGCGCUGCGGGGGCGUCGCUGGAGACACAGACCCUGGUGCCGGUGGCCGUGCCGCUGGUGCAGUUGGUAGCCCUGCUGUGGAUCCCCGAGAGCCCAGCCCACCUGGCCGCAGCGCCGGAGGCCGAGGCGAUGCGCCGGGCGCCCAAGGCGGCGCGAUGGCUGCGGCUGGAGCUGGACCCUCUGGAGCGGCGGAGGCGGGAGGCUGAUGCGAGGGGCGGCAAGGAGACGCCUCCACUCAGGGUCAGGUGUCGGGCGCUGCUGAUAGUCGUGGGACUGAUGACGUUGCGACAGUUUCUAGGCAUCAACGCGUUCAUCUACUACACAGUCGACAUCUUCCAACAAGCUGGCAGCUCACUAUCGCCAGAGAUGGCGACCUUGGUGGUUGGAAUCGUUCAGCUGGCGGCGACGGCGCUGUCCGGGGCGGUGGUGGAGCGCGCGGGCCGGCGGCCGCUGCUGCUGGCGUCCGGCGCCACGGCGGCGCUGAGCCACGCGGCGCUCGCGCUCUCCGCGUCGCCGUGGGCGGCGGGCGCCGCCUGGCUGCCGCUGCUCGCCAUCAACGUCUUCUUCGUCGCCUUCGCGGCCGGCUUCGGCUCGCUGCCCUGGUUCAUCACGGCCGAGGUGGUGCCCACGCCGGACGCCGCCUGGAUGAGCGGGCUGGCCGUCGCGUCCAACUGGUUGCUCAUCUUCACCGUCACCAAGGUGUUCCCGGAGAGCGUGGCAAAGCUGGGCCGCCAGAUGACGUUCGCGCUACUCGGCGUGCUGAGCACGGUGACGACGCUCUUCGCGCUGCUGUUCGUCCCCGAGACGCGGGGGAAGCCCCGGGACGCCAUCCAGAGGGAGCUGCUGGAGGAGAGCGUGUUCGUGCUGCCCUGCUGCGCGCGCAGCCGCCAGCGCGUCAAGCCGACCGAGCGCGCAGGCGCCGGCGCCGGCGAGCAGCAGCCGCUGGCCGACUACGGCGCCUCUGCCGCUCCUCCUCGGUACUCGUAGGAGCGAAACGAAGAGGACUUCACACAGUGCCCUGUUCACAGUUGUACUAUCGUGCUCUUUUCUAGUUGGUACCAUAAUCAGCCUGUAAGAUACGCCGUACUGACCACUGCUAAACAACAUUAUUCUUGCCGCAUCUCAGGGACAAGAGGCAGACUUGGGAGUUUCAGACGCAGAUGGCUAACAGGUCGCUGUGUUUCUUCGGGUUAUCACUUAAAGGCAAUAUUUUUUCCUGUGUACUUGUGUAAAAGACUAUUGUUACAUACAGUGUGUGUGGACGAAGAACGUGAUGUCAGUAAAAGUUCGAUCGUCAGUAAAUUACGCCAUGUCAGCUCCCCUUUCCCUAAUUUCAUACAAAGAAUACAUACUGAAUGUCGCCGAA